AUGGCAGAGACUGCACAGGAGACCCGUCCGCCCGCUAAAGACUCACCUUUCUCUAUCAAGAACCUGCUCAACUUCGACAGUAAACCUUCCAAACCAAAGACGCUGCUUGCCACCUCCAAAGGACUAUUGGAAGGAGGCUUCUCUCUCUCCCGGAUCGGUGAUUUAACUUUUCCUAGUUUUGACAUCCCAGCCCAGAGAUUUGGAUUAUCGGCGCACUAUUUGGAACGAACGUCGGCGUGGUGGUGUCCCUAUACGUUUGGCACGUCGCGACACCAUCUAUACAGGACUGGAGGUAGAUUCAUAGCAUACAUUCGGUUCUGUUUAUACAUUUUGCACAUCAGAAUACCUCAAAUAAUGUUUUGUUAAAACGGAUUAAAUAAGGCUACGUAAUAUUUUCUAAUAAAUUAGGCUGCUAUAAUACUUGCUAUUUGCAAUACUCAUCAGUUGGAAUAAUAUUCAGACUAAUGAUGAGUAAAUGUACAGGUGAACUGUGUCUCGGAUCCUUAUGGGAACAUUUACUUGAAUGACUAUAAUCUAAAUUAUAAAUAUAAUGGUUAUGUUUAUUUUAUGGGUGCAUUAAUGUUUUAAAUGAAUGAUAAACAUGUUCGUUUAUUUCGUUUAGGGUCUGAGAAGGCCAUCGCGAGAGAGACACCAUCCCCAGCCUCACCGGGAGGGGACCGAGACACACCGGAGCUGCUGCGAAGAUCACCCGACCCACACGUCAAAGGGGACGACGAAAACAAAAGUACUGAUGAUAUCGUUAUGGAGGAGAGUGAUGGGGAUGAACCAAAGAAGGAAGCAGAGUUGGUGGAUGACUGGAGGAAAAUUCAAGACGACAACUCGGAUAAAAAAACGUGUCGGAAAAAGAAAACGCGCACAGUCUUUUCAAGGAGUCAGGUAUUUCGGUUGGAGUCGACGUUCGAUAUGAAACGGUACCUCAGUAGCUCGGAGCGGGCAGGCCUGGCGGCAUCCCUACACCUCACCGAGACCCAGGUGAAAAUCUGGUUCCAGAACAGGAGGAAUAAGUGGAAACGACAGUUGGCGGCGGAACUCGAAGCGGCCAAUCUGAGCCACGCCGCAGCGCAGAGGAUAGUCCGCGUGCCCGUAUUGUACCACGAGAACCCGGGCUCGGAAACCGGGAGCGCAGGGAACGGGCCAGUCAGCCAGUCUCUACUAACGUUUCCCCAUCAAAUGUACUAUUCACAUCCCCUAGUCACAUCCGUGCCGCUGCUGAGACCAGUUUGA